UCCUGAAACCAAGCUGAGAGGCUCUCUGGGGAGUCUCAAAGUUUGUGUCUGCAGCAGUAGUGGAAAGUGGGCUUAACGAAAAGGCGUUUUCUUGGGAUGAGAGCUGUUCUCUUAUCUUCUUUUUGGAUACACACUCUGCUUUAACCCUUUCAGCCUUAGCCCGAUUCCUCGACAGCUUGUCUCGUCAGGGGAUUUUCAGAUCUCCGAGGAUACCGGACGGGGAGCCUUUGGCAGUUCUCUCUCUGGCAGGGGAGCGAACUUUUUCCUUCCUAAGUGCAUAAGCCACACGCACACACGAGCGCGCGCGCGCACACACACACGCGAGGAGCCGGAUCUCGCCCUCCGAGGCGGUUCUGCACGCUCCUCUCCUGCGCUCAGCAUCCUCGGCCCGUCGCGCCUCGGACCACCAUGGAGGUGCCCGAGAGCGGGGAGCAGAGCGUCCUGCAGUGGGACCGCAAGCUGAGCGAGCUGUCAGAGCCCGGGGACACCGAGGCUCUCAUGUAUCACACGCACUUCUCAGAACUUCUGGAUGAGUUUUCCCAGAACGUCUUGGGCCAGCUCCUGAACGACCCUUUCCUCUCAGAGAAGAGCGUGUCCAUGGAGGUGGAGCCGUCCCCCACGUCCCCCGCGCCUCUCAUCCAGGCCGAGCACAGCUACUCCCUGUGUGAGGAGCCUCGGGCGCAGUCGCCGUUCACGCACACUACCAGCAGCGACAGCUUCAAUGACGACGAAGCAGAGAGCGAGAAGUGGUUCCUGUCCGCAGACUUCCCUUCAGCCACCAUCAAGACCGAGCCGAUUACGGAGGACUCGCCGCUGGGACUCGUUCCCUCUGUCACUCUGACCAUCACGGCCAUCUCUACCCCUUUUGAAAAGGAGGAACUGGCUCUGGAAGUGAAUACUGGGGUUGAUUCCUCGUGCCAGACAGUCAUCCCUAAGAUUAAGCUGGAGCCUCACGAAGUGGAUCAGUUCCUCAAUUUCUCUCCUAAAGAAGCCUCUGUGGACCACCUGCACCUGCCGCCCACCCCUCCCAGCAGCCACAGCAGCGACUCGGAGGGCAGCCUGAGCCCCAGCCCGCGCCUGCACCCCUUCGGCCUGCCUCAGACCCACGGCCCCGCCAGGGUCGUGCCGCGGGCCCCCUCCACCCUUGCCAGCUCCCCGCUCCUCACAGCGCCUCAUAAACUGCAGGGCUCGGGCCCACUGGUCCUGACGGAGGAGGAGAAGAGGACCCUGAUCGCGGAGGGCUACCCCAUCCCCACCAAACUGCCCCUGACGAAAUCAGAGGAGAAGGCGCUGAAGAAAAUCCGGAGGAAAAUCAAGAAUAAGAUUUCUGCCCAGGAAAGUAGGAGAAAGAAGAAAGAGUACAUGGACAGCUUGGAGAAAAAGGUGGAGUCUUGCUCCACGGAGAACCUGGAGCUUCGGAAGAAGGUGGAGGUGCUGGAGAACACCAACAGGACUCUCCUCCAGCAACUCCAGAAGCUUCAGACUUUGGUGAUGGGCAAGGUUUCUCGCACCUGCAAGUUGGCCGGCACACAGACUGGCACCUGCCUCAUGGUCGUUGUGUUGUGCUUUGCUGUGGCGUUUGGCAGCUUCUGUCAGGGCUACGGGCCCUAUCCUUCUGCCACCAAGAUGGCCCUGCCCAGCCAGCAUUCCGUGCCGGAGCCGUACACAGCCUCCGUGGUGAAAUCCAGGAACCUGCUGAUCUACGAGGAACACUCUGCCCUGGAGGAGCCGUCCAGCCCGGCCUCGGCCGGGGAGCUUGGGCGCUGGGACAGAAGCCCCGCCCUGCUCAGGGCGUCAGGGCUGGAGUCCAGGCCGGACCUGGAUCUUCCGCGCUUCCUCAUCUCCAACGAGACCAGUCUGGAGAAGUCGGUGCUGUUGGAGCUGCAGCAGCACCUGGUCGGCGCCAAACUGGAGGGGAACGAAACACUCAAAGUCGUAGAACUCGACAGAAGAGUGAACGCCACCUUCUGAGAGGCGGUCUGGACCUCCCUCUUACUCUCCGCUCUGCUUUUACGUCCCCAAACCACCUCCGACAUAAGCUUUCCCUCUUCCCCACCCGAUGUGGACGAAGACAUGGGUGAGCGGUUGUGGCUUUGGAUGGGAGGACAGCCUGGGGGUCCCACCCACGGUGAGAGUGCCUCCCCUCCAGCCCCGGGGCCCUUUCUGCAGACGGAGCCCGGGGCUCUCCGUCCGCUCUGCUUAUUGCCAUAGGACAUUACUCUAGGGCCGGGGUGGGACAAGCGGGCUUGUUUCUACGAUAGUGCCGGAGAGACGCUGCCUGAUUUUCACCUGCGGGUGUGACCCCCUCUCUGAAGAAGAGAUGACUCGUUCAUUGGAGACCCCAGACUUGAUCUGGAAAGACACCAGGAUGCCUGCUGGGACGUGGCAAAGCACUGACUGAGGUCCCAGCACCCUCAGCCUGGGCGUCUGGUGUGUCCGCUGCCACCCCUGCCCAUCAGCCCUGGAGGCGCCAGGCUGGCCAGUGACUGGCCCCUGCCACUCUGCUCUGCCCGAGCCCUCCAGCCCUUGCCUGCUGUCCUCCAGCUCUGGAGCAAGGGCGCCCCCUUCACCUUCUCAGGCCGCAAGUGCAAUGCCUGACGGACUCAGGCUCUUCCACCCCAGGCAAACCUGCCCCGUCUGUUGCUUGUAGGACUUCUCCGUAACCUGUGUUCCCACACGUCCAUAGAUCCGCCUCCCUGGCUUCUCCUCCCCAUUUGUAAAUAGUAUUUAUUAGCUUGCCGAAGCUCCCGCUAGCAACCACAUCGAAGAGACUGGACGCCUCCCAAGGUCUUCUGUUGGACCUUGGCGCCAGGAGGGCCGCCCAGGCCCCGGGACCCCCAGUCCUCUACAACGUGCUUCAUUUCCUUUUCUUCUUUCUACUGGAGGCCUCUCGCUGUAGUUGGAAAACCCCUGCAAGCAGCUGCCCACCUGUAGAAUGGGUUCAGAGGAAAAGAUGGCUUAGGCCCGUGACUCUGUGGCCAGGUGCUUCGUCUGUCCCGUGCCCGCGGCAGAGGAGGGAGGCCUUGUCCCUGACAACAGGCGUCCCGGGCAACCUUGCUAGCCUGUCUCUCCACACUGCUCCUGGCCCCGCCCCCCCACCCUGUACCCUCCUCUUCUGCCUCAGCAGGAGGUGGGCCUGAGGUCAGUUCCUGGGGUGGGAGUAGGUGACAUCUGUGUAUCCACAGUCUUACCUUUCCUAGUCAGGUUUGGCUACUUUGCAGCUCACCCAAAGAGACAUAACCUAAACCCCCUCCCUACUUUUAUUAUUAUUUUUUAAUGAUUAAAGUCACUUUUGUAGUUAAAACUAUCUUUCCUUUCAUACAGAUAAGCAAUGGAAAUUGCCUUUUUAUUGUACAAUGUAGAAAGUUGUGCUUAAGUGUUUUCCCAGCUUGUAAACGAUUUUGCAUAGGACCAUUUUGUAUUUUAUUUUUAGUAGAAGAAAAAGGGGCCUUUUAGCUUUAAUUCCUUUCUCUCUCUCAAUCUCUCAAUCUCUCUCUUCCCCCCAGCACACACUGUUAUUGGAACCUGUAUUUAAGAGGGAUUAAGCCCAUAGCUGGGCCUUCCAUCCUCUCUCAGAUACAGGAUUUGGGGUCAUUAACAUUUGCCAUCCUAGCUGGUAGGCAGAUCUGUUUGUCUGUUGGCCCAGGCACAUCUGGGGCUCCCUGUCAGUGAUUCCCGUGUCUCCCACUGUAAUGGAGGGUGGUCCAGACUGGGGGAGGGCCAAGUGCGUCUUCUCAGCAGGGUGUGAGAGCAGAGUCGGGGCUGCAGUGGUCCUGGCAUCCCUGGGGGUGGUCUGCACGGUUCUCACUGCCCCUGAUGUUGGCCCUGACAUUGGCGGGGGAGGGCUGAGACCAUCUGGGCUGUGUGGGAACAGGCGUUGCUAGCCUGCCUCCUGCUCUGGCUUCUCUUCUCUCCCUUCUCUCCUUCUCUUCUGCUCUGGAUUCUCCCGGCCUGGCUGGUGUCUGGGAACCAUGUGCCCCUGCCGACCCCUCUCUCUUUGUAAAUGUCAUGUAAUUAUCAGGCUUAGGCAGCCCUGCAGGGCCCAAGAAGGAAACAAGAGAGAAUGAACUCAUGUAGUAUUUGGACAACUCAAAGGAAAAGGUCUCCCCGUUCAGGGCAGAAGUGGGAGAAUGGGUCAGCCCCCCACCUGCAGCACUAGAACCAGACCAGGGCCUUAAUGCUUGUGAACUGGUCAGAGUGGAAAACCCACUCUUCUGAAUGAGGGGGCACAGGGGAGGGGCAGCGCAGGGGCAGGCCCUGUCCUUAGUGCCGUGAGGAUUGCGUUUCUGUCCCACCUUCCCGUGUUUGAUGUCACUUUCUCAACGCAUAGCUCACGUAUCGUAAAGAUGUUCACUUGAAACCUAUAUGACCCUACUAACCAAUGUCACCCCCGUCCAUUCAAUAAAAAAUCAGUAAAUGGCUACACACUCUCUCCAGACCUCCCUGCAGCCAGGCCUGCCCCCUGGGAAACCGUUUUUCUGAACAGAAUCUGCAUCUAUAGACAUGAGGCAUCAGACUGAGAGCUCAUAUGGCCAGUUUAAGGGGGUUCCAAGAGCCAGUAUUGCCUCCACAUAGAGAAAACUUGUGCCCUCCACUCCCCACUCUGGUGAGUAAGGAAAAUAAACAGUUCGCCCUUCAGGAGUGUGCCAUGGGGUCGAGAGACAGAGGAGAGUUGGGUAACAGUGGGUGCGUCUCAAAGAAUUCACGGACGUGUGCAUGUUUUCUGUCCCAGGGCUAAGCCGAGAAUAUCAGUGGAUCUGACUCUCCCACAGGGAGGCCCCUCAGAGUAGUCAGCAGCCCCCGGUGAGCCCUGACAAUCUCAAACAGUGACUGGCCCAGCUUCCGAAUUUCAGUUUUGGAGAACACAAGACUGUCAGUGCAAGGGUAAACCAAAGGAAAUACGUAUGUUGAUGAUACAUCUGCUAAUUCUGUAUCACAUCAUGCAAAGAGAUUUUCCUCUUCCCUGUCUUUGAUUACCUCCUUGGAAGGAGACUCUUACAGAAAGUCAGAGAACAAGUGCUUUUUCACUGGAUGAGCCCUGAGUAACCCAGACCCCCCAGUGCGGUUCUUUUCACAGAUCUCAACUUUGCACUUCGAAAUGGAUACUGAAAACCAAAGGCCUCGGUGCCCAUUUUGGGAGAGGAUCCUGUGAAGUGUGAGGACUCUGGAGCCUAGCUCGUAUAGAGAGAGUGUUACAUAAAAACCGGCAGCCAAACGAGGUCGCCCUUUGGGGCGGGAGCUGGGGUGAAGUUUGACACCCGUGUAGGCAAAAUGAGAUGACCUUUUUGUUUCUAUCAGCGAUUUUUAUUUGGAGACCUAAUUUGCGGAUUGUGAAAGCAGCCUUUAGCUCAACUUAUUUACAAGCCAAGUAUAAAUACCAUGGUUUUGAAUUCCUAAAUCUCUGGGUUUAGCCUGAAUGCCAAAAGGGGGCUGUGAAUCUCAUGUGCCCACAGAACAGCAGUGUUGAGCUGACUCGUUUUCAUUCCCACAGUGAGUCAGUGUCCAGAGUUUCUGUCACCAGUGUUUUAUGUAAAACGUUCAGAACUUCAUGGCUCCUUCCUCCCAUAUCCCCAGACCAAGCAAAAGCACAGAAACAGAAUCCGAGGCCUCUCGGGCCAGCUCCUCUGAACACACCUGUCACCUGUCCCAGGGGAGGUGGAUGUCAGCACGUGCACCAGUGGAGACAUCCCGCAGAGGAGUGGACCGUCCAUGCUGGCCUCGCUCACGUGGAGGCUGGAGGUGGAGGAGGAGGCUUCCAGCCUCCCCUUGUCUGCCAUGCGGCGCUUGCGUGGUUCUGUCGAAUCCUGUCUCUGAGAACCUGUAUUAAAGACACCAGCACGCCUACCUGCGGUGCUGGCCUGUGAAAGCUUGAGCAGGUAGUGGCGCAGGGAGAGUCAUUUCAUUUGAAUGCUUUUCCAUUGAGACAAUUAGGAAAAAUAUGGCAGUGCCAUUAGAGGAGCCAGAGAAAGAUUUCAGGCCAUUCAUUCAUUCAUUCAUUCAUUCAUUCAUUCAUUCAUUCCCUUCCUCCAGAGGAGCAGUGUUGCAGGAGGCCCCGGGGAAGAAGAGGGCUAAGGAAAUACCAUUAAUCAAUAGCUACUCAAACACACAAGUGCUGGGAUUCUCCCUCUCUCUCCCCUCUCUCUCUGUCUUAGACACUCAUUCCUGCCUCACAGGUGCCUUACGUACGAGUCCAGGAUGACGGAGGACUGCUGCUCCUGGGAGGUUUUAUAUAUGGCCUUGUAGUGUUAGACUGAGAUGGCUGUGGGAGGAAUGGUUUCCUCUAAUGGCUCAAAAAUGAACCACUUCCCAAGAGUGAGCAGUGACCAGAUGUGUCCACCAGGAGAGAAGAAUCAGGGCUUUGUCCAUUAGGAAAAUCCCAUUUUGGAGAGGUGUAAUCACAGGAAAAAACAGCCAGCCAGGAUGAAGGGUAUUAUAACUCCAUAUAGCAGAGCAUUUUCUCGGUGCAGAGGAACGAGGCCUGUUUGGGGAUUAACG